AUGGCCAAGUUCGUGGUGGCGGGUAAGGCAAACUGCCCUUACUAUGCCAAAGCUGAACUCCUGGCUGACUAUCUCCAGACUAACUUACCCAGCUUCAGGGUUCACAAGAUUACUCAGCACCCUGACAAGUGGGAGCAGUGGCUUCAUGACAUUUGUGAAACAAAUGGAUGGGAACACAGACAGUCUCCUAUCAUUUGGAGAGAACUGUUGGACCGUGGAGGGAAGGGUCAGCUUCUGGGAGGACUUAAUGAUUUUCUGGAAUAUGCUCAGAAGUAUUAUGGCAUCACUUCAAUGAUGCUGAGUGAGGAAAUGUUAGCCAUUGCUGAGGAGAACCUGCAGGCACAUCUUGAAAUUGUAAAAGAGGAUGAAGAGAUUAAAAGUCUUAUCAAGCCUAUGCAGAUCUGGAUUACCAGUGCAUCAGUUCCAAUCUGUUAUCAUCUGAUCCCGCUGUUGGCAAAUGGAGAAGUGUUUGGGAUGACCACAGAAAUCAGUAUCCAUUUGCUUGACACUGAGCAGUUUAAGGAGAUGCUUCGUAGUAUUGUAAUGGAAGCUGAAGACAUGGCAUUCCCACUUCUCCGCAGUAUUUCAGAGCACACAAAAACAGAUCAGGCUUUUAUUGAUGCUGAUAUUAUCAUUGUUCUUGAUGAUGUCCUCUUAAACCUUGAAGUCCAAUCCCUUGAGAACUACAUCAGAGAAGUGAGUGAGAUCUGCCAAGUGUAUGCUCCCUUGAUUGAGAAGAAUGCCAAGAGUGAGGUCAAAGUCAUUUCAUCAGGAAAAACCUUUGCAAACCUUAAGGCAACAAUGUUAAGGAUAUAUGGCCCAUCCAUUAGGCCUGAAAAUAUAAUUGCCAUUUCAACAUCCUGGGAAAGUGCAGCUAAAGCCAUGCUGGCCAGGAAGCUGAAUAUGAAUACAGCAGGAGUUAAAGAUGUGAUUGUUUGGGGCAAUAUUACUGGGUCUAACUACAUUGAUUUGUCACAUGCAAAACUUUAUGGAUAUGACUGUGCUAUUCGGGGCCCUCCUAAUUUUCAACGUCCUUUGUUGAGUAUGAUUUAUGAUAGCGAAUGGAUCCAUUCAGAGCUCGUGUCGGCACAGAGCACGCUGAGUUCCCGGGUGUCCCGUGGCACAGGAAUGUUACCUGCGCAUGCCGUAGCCACAGUGCUGCGGUACUGGUACCAUGGCUCUCCUUCUGAGGAGAUCAUUUCUGUGGGAAUACUUAGUGAAGGUCAGUUUUGCAUUCCUGAAGGAAUUAUCUUCUCUAUGCCAGUGAGGCUCCAGAAUGGUACCUGGGAAGCCAUGACAGAAUUAGAAAUUAAUGAAACGACCCAAAAAGUUCUAGGGCGCUUAGCCCACGAGCUGGUUCAGGAAAAGCUCGUUGCACUGAAGGAAAUAAACGAAAUGCAUCCAUAUGAAGCAGAGUAAAAACUCCACAUCUUCUCCCAAGUGUUUCUCUGCUGCUUUUCCUAUUAUAUUGCUUUUCAAGUUCUGUCCUCAUUCAUCAAAAUAAGAACAAAUGAAUACUAAAGGAUGUUAUAAUUGUUUUUUCACUUUUUCUCUAUUUUCAGGUUGUGAAAUUCCUGCACUUUUCCAAUGUUCUCACCAUUUCUUUCUAAU